AUGAUAUUUUUUUGUCGUUUGUUUGCAUUAUUAAGUAUAUUUACAAUUGGCAAAGGGUAUCCUCAUUUAUUGACAUAUAUAACUUCCAAAGAUAUUAGAAUAGUUAAUGUAACAAAAAAUAAUGCUAAGGACACAAUUAUUAUUAGAGAUUUGACAGAAGGAGCUGCUCUCGAUUUCUGUUACAAAGCAGGUUUAAUAUGUUGGACUGAUCAUAUGCUUGAAGUUAUUCAAUGUGCCAAUUACAAUGGCACACAUGCAACUAAUAAGUUUUCGAUAGUAAAAACUCAGGUCAUGUCUCCUGAUGGCAUUGCUUGCGAUUGGGUGACUCAAAAAUUAUAUUGGACAGAUGGAGAUACAAAACGAAUUGAAGUAGUUUCGUUAGUCACAAGACACAGGAAAGUCUUGUUUUGGGAUGACAUCGAUCAACCGAGAGCAAUAGCUUUAGUUCCUAUGAAAAAGUUUAUGUUUUGGACAGACUGGGGAGAAGUACCUAAAAUAGAACGAGCUGAUAUGGAUGGUUCUAAUGAUUCGAGAAAAGUAAUUGUCAGCGAUGAUAUAUUUUGGCCAAAUGGUAUAAGUGUCGAUUAUGACAAUGAGGUUAUUUAUUGGGUGGAUGGAAAAUUACAAUUUUUGGCAGUAGUUGAUUACGAUGGUAGAAAUAGAAGGAAAAUUCUUAAAACUGGUAUGGAAUACCCUUAUGGCAUAACAUCUUUUCAAAAUAAAAUUUAUUGGACUGAUUGGAAAACUUGGUCAAUUCAUGAAUUAGAUAGAAAUAAUUCAAACGUUUCGCCGAAAAAUAUUUUAAAUAGUGAAUACGUGCCUACGGACGUGAGAGCUUACGAGCCUGAACGUCAGCCUUCAAUGGACACUCCCUGCAAUACAAACAACGGAGGGUGUUCACAUUUAUGUUUAUUAUCUACCAAUCCUUCGGGAUACAAAUGCGCUUGUCCCACUGGUGUUAAACUCAUUAACAAAUACACUUGCGCUAAUGGUUCUCAGGAAAUAUUAAUCGUCGUUCAGCGCAACGGUAUUAAUAAAAUUUCCCUAGAUUGCCCGGAUUACACGACUUUCAAACUUCCCCUGCAAGGCAUUCGACAUGCCAUUGCCGUGGACUACGAUCCGGUGGAAGAUUUCAUUUAUUGGACCGAUGAUAAUAAUAAAGGGAUACGACGGGCUAAAAUCUCAGGAAGUCAACAAGAAGAUAUUAUAAUCACCGAAGUUCAACAUUCCGAUGGCAUAGCCGUCGAUUGGUUAUCUAGAAAUUUAUUUUGGACCGAUACCGGAACGGACAGAAUAGAAGUUGCAACUUUGCAGGGUCUCUACCGAAAGGUUUUAAUCAAUAAAGAUUUGGACGAGCCGAGAGGAAUAGCCGUUGCUCCUGAGCACGGUUUGAUUUUUUGGUCGGAUUGGAGUAAGACCAAACCCAAAAUCGAAAGAUCAAACAUGGACGGUUCGGACAGGAGGUUGUUGAUAAGUGAAAAUUUAGGUUGGCCUAACGGAAUAGCUUUAGAUUUAACGUUAGAAAAGUUGUACUGGUGUGAUGCUCAAACCGAUAAAAUAGAGUCUUCAAGUUUCGAUGGAACCGAUCGUCGAGAAAUCAUAAGUGAUAAUUUAUCUCAUCCUUUCGGUUUGAGUUUGCUGGGAGAUUAUUUGUACUGGACCGACUGGAGUCAAAGGAGCAUCGAUAGAGUGAACAGGUUUACGUCUAGCAACAGGCAAAUGAUCGCGGAUCAAAUCGUCAACAUAAUGGAUUUAAAAGCUGUUAAAUUGGGAUAUUACAAGGGGAAAAAUUUAUGUUCCGUAAAUAAUGGAGGCUGCAAUCAUUUGUGUUUAAACAGGCCCAACAAUAAUUACACGUGCGAUUGUCAAAUAGAUUACGAAUUAAGUUCGAACAUGAAAACUUGCGUGUUGCCGGAAGCGUUUCUAUUAUUUUCUAGACGGGAAGCCAUUGGUAAAAUAAGCAUAGAAAAUCACAACAACGAUUUAAAUUUACCUAUAGCCGGUGUGAAAUAUGCAAGCGGUUUGGAUUUCGAUAAAAACGACGGUCGAAUUUAUUGGGCUGAUACGAAAUUGAAAACGAUCACGAGAUCUUUCAUAAACGGUUCGGACGUUGAAAAAAUCAUAGAAUUCGGAUUGGAUAUGCCUCAGAGUGUCGCAGUGGAUUGGGUGUCUCACAAUAUAUACUGGAUCGAUUCGGGUAAUAAGAGGAUAGAAGUUGCCAGAACGAACGGGACGUCUCGACGAGUUCUAAUAUGGAAAGAUGUGGAGGAACCGUACAAUUUAGUUUUGGAUCCUAAACAAGGGUACAUGUAUUGGUCGGAUUGGUCUAAAAUGGGAACUAUCAAACGAGCGACAAUGGAUGGAAAGAACAUUAUUGAUCUUGUCACGAAUGUCGGUCGUGCGAACGGACUUACCAUCGACGACGAGUAUAGGAAAUUAUAUUGGACGUCUAAUAAACCGUCGAUAGAAUGUAGCAACCUAGACGGAACGAGCAGAAGAAAAAUCAUAAAAGAUAAUUUAUCCAAACCUAUCGGAUUGUCCCAGUAUCAGGAUUACAUUUACUGGACGGAUUGGGAGACUGGAGCUAUCGAAGCGGCUAAUAAAACGACGGGACAAAAUCGAACUUUGAUUCACAGUAAUUUGAAAGACGUGUCCGACAUAUUGGUGUAUCAUAAAAGAAGGCAAAGCGGUUGGAAUCAGUGCGCGGUGAACAACGGAGGGUGUUCGCAUCUUUGCCUGCCUCUACCCGGUGAUAGUUACGCAUGUAACUGCCCUAUGCAUUAUCAUUUGAACACGAACACGAAUAAAACGUGUCUGAAACCCAAAUCUUUCAUAUUGUUUUCGCAAAAGAAUUCGAUUCAUAGAUUGGUUCCGGAUACGGACGAUUGUCCGGAUGUUAUUUUACCCAUACAGGGUGUAAAAAACGUACGAGCGAUAGAAUUCGAUCCCAUAUCGCAAUAUUUAUAUUGGAUCGACGGACGUUCUCAGUCCAUAAGACGAAGCGAUACGGAAUCUAAAACGUCGACCGUGUUCACGAUCACGGAUAAAAAUUUUCAUCCAUACGAUUUAGCUUUGGAUCCUUACACGAGAUUAUUAUUUUGGAGUUGUGCAAUAUCGGAUGUGAUAAACGUGACGCGAAUCGAUUCGCCAACCGUGAAAGUCGAUUCGAUAUUAAAAAAUAUAUCGCACAAGCCUAGAAAUUUGGCUUUGCAUCCGGAACAAGGGUUCCUAUUUUGGACGGAUCUCACGUCCGUUCACAAAGUUUACAGGUCGCGAUUGGACGGUUCGGAAAAAUUAUUGAUAGCAAACGAUUUGAAAGACGUGACGUCGAUUGCCGUCGACCGAGCUUCGAACCUUUUAUUUUUCGCAUAUUCGUUUCAAAUAGACGUUUGUAAUUUGGACGGUCACAGAAGAAAAACGUUACUUAAUCAAGUCGAAGUUGAAAGUUUGGCCAUUCAAAAGAGCAUGUUGUAUUUGGUGACGAAAGAUAAUCACGUCAUAGAGCAAAUAAAAAUCGCCAACGAAUUACUUAAAUUGAACAAGCAUAGAAGAAACGUACUUACGAGAGUCAUGCCCACGGAUAUGGUAGCCGUACAAAUGCCUACCCUUAAGAUGUUGAAGUCUCAUCCGUGCAGUGCGAUAAAUAAACUCGGUUGUUCUCACAUUUGCGUCAUCGUCGAUUCCAGACCUUUUAAUUCUCUUCACAGCAGAGGCGGGUUAUAUUACAACAGAUCUGAAUAUUUAUCAUCAUACAGUCAUCAGCUCGAAAUACACAACAACGAAUUCGACGAGUCUCACAACACUCUGGAAGACGUCGAUGGAAGGUACGACGGCGUUAAAAAUUUGGAUAAAUUUCCAAUGGAACAACCGUCACUUUAUCCGUUGAAAAGUAAAUGCGCUUGUCCGAUCGAUCAAAUCCUUACAGACGACAGGACUUGUUCCGAUUUGCCAUCUUGCGGAGCCGAUCAUUUCACGUGUCUCGGAAUGAAAAAAACCGGGGGUAAAGAUUGCAUUCCCAUAGAUUGGAGGUGCGACGGACAAGCGGAUUGUUCGGACGGUUCAGACGAAACCGGUUGUCCCAAUUGCGGUCCGAAUCAAUUUCAAUGUUUGUCCGGGCAUUGCAUAGAUUCGUCGUUUGUUUGCGACAGACAAGAAAAUUGUCCGGACGGUUCGGACGAAGCGAAAUGUUGCAAAGAGGGAGAAUUUCAAUGCGUGGGAUCGGGAAGAUGCAUAGAUCAAUUGUCCGUUUGCGAUGGGAUAAACACGUGCGAAGAUAAUUCGGAUGAAAAUCCGUCCGCUUGUAACAUCGCUUCCAUACCAUACGCGGAUAAAAAUUACACGGGAUACGUUUUGGGUGUUAUCGUUGUUUUCGCUUGUGCCAUUUCUCUCAUACCGCUCUCGAUAUACUGUUGCCGAAGGAAAAGAAAUAGAAUACCCGACGAAGUUGGAGAUUCCGCGGGAGACCCGCUGGCACCGAAACCUUUUCAAAGUAUGAAAAUGCCCAAACCUACUAAAAUACAAGAUUCGGUGAGGAUGUCCAUGUUCAACGGAAGCACAACGAGUAACAGUUACGAUAGGAAUCACAUAACAGGAGCUUCGAGUUCGUCAACGUCGAACGGAAUGUGCAGCGGAGCAAACGUGUAUCCGGCGGAAACAUUAAAUCCUCCACCGUCUCCUGCCACGACGACGGAAUCACGACGAUGUUGUUCGGCGAGCGCGUCGCGAUACAGACCAUACAGACAUUACAGAGUCAUUAAUCAACCUCCGCCACCGACACCCUGUUCGACGGACGUGUGCGAUGAAUCUGAUUACGGGUAUCGUCCUCAAACGGAAAGCGAGUACAUGACGUACAGCAGAGGAACGGCUUCGGAAUGCGAUGGGGAUCCAUUUCCGCCACCACCGACUCCAUCAUCGUGUCCUCCAUCACCUUCGAGCACUUAUUUCAAUCCACUACCUCCUCCUCCGAGUCCUAAUCGACAUCACUGA